AUGUUUGAUGAAUGUCUUUCUCAUCGUAAAUCAUCGUUGCUUCUGUCAACAGAUGUCCCGUUUCCACCGUCACACAAAAUGACAGUGGCAGAAGUCUUCGACGAACGAACGGGAUCUCCGCGGCCGGAGGUCCUGAAGCAACACUUUAUCCUCGAAGGUAGGAUCGACGAGACCGCGGCUCUUCGUAUAAUCAACGAUGGAGCCGCUCUUCUACGCUCGGAGAAGACUAUGAUUGACAUCGAGGCUCCGGUCACCGUAUGCGGCGAUAUUCACGGACAAUUCUACGACCUGAUGAAAUUAUUCGAGGUGGGCGGUCCACCCUCCUCGACCAAGUAUCUCUUCCUCGGCGAUUAUGUUGACAGGGGUUAUUUCAGUAUCGAGUGCGUAUUGUACCUGUGGGCGCUGAAAUUGUGCCAUCCGAACACACUCUUCCUCCUUAGAGGUAACCACGAGUGCCGUCAUUUGACGGAAUACUUCACAUUUAAACAGGAAUGUAAAAUAAAAUACUCCGAAAGGGUGUACGACGCAUGCAUGGAUGCUUUUGACUGUUUGCCGCUCGCCGCCCUCAUGAACCAACAAUUCCUUUGUGUGCAUGGCGGUCUGUCGCCGGAAAUUCACAAUUUAGAAGACAUUCGCAAACUGGAUAGGUUCAAAGAGCCGCCGGCGUUCGGGCCGAUGUGCGAUCUCCUCUGGUCGGAUCCUCUUGAGGACUUUGGCAACGAGAAGAACGCGGAGCAUUUCUCCCACAAUAGCGUCAGGGGUUGUUCGUACUUUUACAGUUACUCGGCGUGUUGCGACUUCCUGCAAAACAACAAUUUGCUCAGCAUCAUAAGGGCGCACGAGGCUCAAGACGCCGGAUAUCGCAUGUACCGAAAAUCUCAAACGACGGGCUUCCCGUCGCUUAUCACCAUCUUCAGCGCGCCGAACUAUCUCGACGUGUACAAUAACAAGGCGGCGGUUUUGAAGUACGAGAACAACGUUAUGAACAUCAGGCAGUUCAAUUGUUCGCCACACCCGUACUGGUUGCCCAAUUUCAUGGACGUUUUCACAUGGUCCCUACCAUUUGUUGGCGAGAAAGUCACCGAAAUGUUGGUGAACGUGUUGAACAUAUGCUCGGACGACGAGCUGAUGAGCGACGGUGAUGACGCGCUCGAGGAAGAUGUCGCAGCCAAAGUCGUUGUCCAAAAAAAGAAUGGUGCAGCAGCUAAUCUACGUAAGGAAGUGAUUAGAAACAAGAUUAGAGCCAUUGGUAAAAUGGCGCGUGUCUUCUCCGUCCUGAGAGAGGAGAGCGAAAGUGUGCUGCAAUUGAAAGGCUUGACGCCAACUGGAGCUUUACCACUCGGUGCAUUAUCUGGUGGCAAAACCUCUCUGAAAAACGCUCUCCAAGGCUUCUCGCCGAAUCACAAAAUUACCUCGUUCGCCGAGGCCAAGGGUUUGGAUGCCAUAAACGAAAGAAUGCCACCGAGGAAGGACGCGCCGCCCACGCCGGUGAACGAGGAGAAAUCCGUGACAAAGCCGCCGCCUCCUGCGGGAGACAAGCGGGACCACAACAUGCCGCAACCGCAAUCGUGAGCCCCACACUCGUCCAAUCAAGAUGGCGGAUGGAUGGACGGGUCCUAAGAUCCCGGCGCUAUCGCCGCUACCACCGAACAUUUGCAAACCAUUGCUCGUCUCUCCCCCCCCCCUCUCCGGCUGUUACAACCAGUGCGCUGUUCAUCGAGGAGUCAGGAGAAACCAUCGCCGCCGCGAGAGAAAGAUCAGAAAUGGACGGACGGAGGGUCGUGAAGCGAAAGCGAUUUUUCGUCGAUGCGAUUUUCAACGAGCAUCGUCAUCGGCUCUGGUGCGCACAUAGUAGAAGAAAGCAGCAGUCAAGAAAAGGGGGCCGCAUGAAGAUCGAGAAAUGUCCAGUCGGGCGUUUCGUAGCAGAUCUCCUCUUUUCCGAGGAUUUGCCUCCGUUUCUCUUUUUCGCGUAUACUGUACUCGCGAAUCGGAGAACAAAAAUGUUAGCCUCCCUUUUACGAUGAGCCGCGCACGCGACGUUCUCCGAUCUCUCUCCGUUAGCACGAUUGUCCCUUUCUUUCUCUCUAUUCUUGCCUUCAUUCACUCCGUUUCUCGCUCUUAUCCUCUCUUCCCCACAUCCACGAAACGUGUACAUUAUCCGCGUAUCUCUCGCGGAUUAAUCGACCCGGUGUACAUAUGUACGCGCGCGUGUACGAUGUAUCAACGACGAAACGGAACAUUAGAGAACAUAUAUCCUGUAAGUAGAUUCGUUUGCAUGUCGAAUCGAAUGUUCAUGCAUGAGAGGAGGAAACAAUCUCUCCUGCUCUCCGUCGGACACAAUUUCUCUCGUGUCUUUUCUUUCUUCAACGCAACAAAAAAGCGAGGGAGAGAGAGAGAAAGAGAGAGAGAGAGAGAGAAGAGAGAGGAUAGGAAAGAAUGACUCGUGCGCGGUUACGUUUAUCUAAUGAGAGGAAUCGCAUAGACAGUGUGAAAGAGAGAGAAUGAGAGGGAGA